AGAUCCUUUACUGUACUUUGAAUACCCACAAAGUCAACAUGAACCAACUCUUGGGGGGCCAAAUUGGCUUAGACGAUUUUAUCUUUGUGCACAGAAAAGGGCAGACCAAAGAAGUUGAGAUUAAUAAAACCGAUGACGCUCUCGGUUUGACCAUAACUGACAACGGUGCAGGAUAUGCUUUCAUCAAGAGAAUAAAAGAGGGAAGUUUGAUAGACCGGUUAUCCAACUUUAUUCAGGUGGGAGACCACGUGGAAAAGAUCAACGGCCAAAACAUGGUAGGAUGUCGCCACUUCGAGGUCGCCCGAGCAUUGAAGAAUAUUCCUAAGGGUUCUAUCUUUACACUUCGCCUUGUUGAACCACUAAGAGCUGGUUUCUCUCAUAUAGGACCUAGGGCAGGCCCAGGUGGAAGUGGAAAAAAAUCUUACGGAUCCGGUAAGGAAACCUUGAGGUUGCGUUCGAAAGGACCUGCGACCGUGGAAGAGGCGCCUGAUGAUGUCGUCAAUACAGCUGUAGAGAAAAUUAACAGUCUGCUUGAGACAUACAUGGGAAUAAACGACUCAGAGUUAGCCACCCGCAUCUGGGAACAAGGCCAUAAAAUCAACAAUCCUGCAGACUUUGCCAUUGCUGUGGAAGAAUCUGAUCUGGAAGCUUUUGGAUUUAGCGAAGACUUUAUUUUUGAUCUCUGGGGAGCCAUUAAGGAUGCUAAAGAUGGUCGACUUAAAAAAGAUGAUGAAGAUACUCUCUUUUAAUUUUCAUGGUCUUCUACGAAAAGAUGUAUUCUAAUUUAAUCUUUUUAAAAUCCUAAGAAUUCCUGAUUACUUAAUUGGAUUACUGCCUUUUCCAAGAUAAUUAGUUACAAAAUAAGAACAAAUUGGAGCUCUGAAUUUUUUUCUUCUGUAAAAAUGCUUUCAUUGUUUUUUAUCUUUAUGUAGCUAAGUGUUUUAUUAACAUACGAUUCGAAAAAACAAAGCUUUAGACUGAAUAUCACCGAAUUUUACUGCAAACUAAAAAGAGGUUAGGAAAAUGAUAUCGGGAAAAAUAACUCACUUAUAAUAAUUAGUCCUAUCUUGAGUUACGUUUUUUGAGUUUAAUUUCUAUAUAUCCAUUCUACUGUGCUUACAUAUUACGUAUUGUGCUUAAAGUUGCCCUUGAUUCGUCACCUGUUUGUUUAGGUGUUUGAUUGGUUGUUAUAUAAUCCAAUGGUUCCCAACCUUUGGUCCACAGGAAGAUUUCAGACAGUUCACAAGACGUGUUACAAGGUAUAGCUACUGAAAUAUAUUGUUUACAAUGUAAUUUACGAGUACUUUAAAAAGUUAAUUUUGGGAUUGGAACUAGCUGUUUCUUAGGUGGAAAAAGGUAGGGAGCCACUGAUCUAGUCCUCUCAUUCCAAAAAUUUAAUUCUUGAUUGGAGUUUGUGCGACUAUGGAAGAGGUUGUAAUACGAAAUCGGUGAGAAAGGCACACUUUUUGGAGAAAAAAGAACAUAAACCUCUCUCUCUCUUUAAUGUUUAAAAUGCUUUUUAUGUGCAUGUUUACAAAAAAAACGUUAAAAAACAAACAGAUUUGUUGAAAGUAUUCAAGUGUCAAUUUAUAAAACGACAUUCUGUUACUUAACUUCUUUUAUAGUGACGCUAUUUUUAGAAUAAACUAAGACAUCGUGCCAACUUUCUUGAAGACAGAUUCUGAUUUAGAAUUUGUUUUUAGAUUCUCCGGUGGAAACUUUUAAUGGUACAGAAUUGCAGUACAGAAAUUAGAAAUUCAAUUUGUGAAUAUUUUCGCUGUCAUGGUCAACUGGUACAGUUCGAAAUAAAACGUUAAUUUUUUUCUGUUUUCUCUAUUGUAAUAAAUUUUCAAAGAAGGUCGACUCUCUGUAAACAAAAGUAUCUGCGAUGCUUUUUUAUAUAUAUAUAUCAAAGCCAGGCUUGAUUUUGAUUAGAAAAAAUUGCUGUUGAGGGUGGGAUCUUAUCUCGACUGCUUGGGACUAUAGUAAAUUCAUUUUAGGGUAUCGCUUUUUUUUUCAGUCCUUUUAGAAGAUGCUAGAUAAAGAAAAAAUAAGUUUCUCUCUCAACAAUCAGUUUUGGGCAAAAGUUUUUCAUUUCAUUCCACUCUAAACAGAAGGAUUAAAAUAAAGUAUUGUAUAAAAAACCAAAAACAAAGUUAAACUCUUUUAUUUUAUUAUUUAAAAUGUUCAGCAUUUUGUCGAUCCUUUGAAGAUAUUAUCAAGUAAAGUCUCCCCCCCCUCCUCCGGUUUGAGUGUGUGUUUAGUGUUUUUAAAUGACUCAGUCAUAGAACUAAACAAAGAAUAAUUUCAUGGUUUGCGCAGUGCAAAACUAAAACAAAAUCGCCUAUAAUUAAAUGCUUCAAUUUUUAUAGCGAAAUGACGAACUUAUCUUUUUUUUUGUUAUUAGUUAUAAUUAGCUGAACUUUACCGUUGUACUAAAAAACCCCUUCAUACGCAGUCUUUUCUAGCAAUGAGUUAGCCUGAGCUGGCGACCCGGGCUCGAAUCGGUGCGAUGCCACAAAAUAUUUUCCGCACUUAAAGCUGUGGGUGCGUUAUAAGCGUGAACUCAAGUCCUUAACGUGUUUGAUUACGAAAUGAUUUAACACUACUGCAGUUUAAUCCAAGUGCAGUAGAAGAGAACUGUUGACUGUACUCCAUUGUUGUGAAAAAAUGUCCAGAAUUUUGGAUGUUUCAGUUCUGUAUGGUUGAAAAUGCCAAAAAUAAAAAUGAGGUUAGGUCGCUUA